UACUUGCUAUGCUCCAAUUUAGAAACGGAUAUUUUACAACGCAUUUACAUACGUCGUAAAAAUGAUUCCAUAUAGAGAACUCACAAUUUGUAUUACACUCUUCCAAAGAUAUUUGGUUACAAUUCCAAAAUCGCAUGCAAUUGGCUAUUAGGAUUACCUACUUAGUACUGGAGCUAACUUUUCAAGUUCAGACAUUUUGGACGCGUGCCAUAUGUUCUUUAGCAACCAAGGCUAUAAUUCGAUAUGUGUCAGUGCUUGCUUACAACUAACUCCUUUAUCAAUUACUCCUUGAUUAUAUGGUUUUUAUCACAUUAUUAACAUAUGUAGGCAGCUUUGAAACAUGAAAUACACACUUACAUACACGAACGAAUUAAAAUGGAACUGCAGUUUUCUAAGGAAAAAGUGUAAAGAGGUGGGCAUAGAGGAACAAUACAAAGAGCACCAGUUGCGCCUUUCGAUAAGCUACAUAAUCGUCUUUCAAGUGUUGCACUGUCUUUUCACAGUACUUCAUUGCAUUCUUUUGUUAACAACAUGCGCGGAGCUGGACUUAAUAUACGUGGACGUCUGCUGCUAUUCGAUAUGUGCUGUCGUCGUUAUUGCAGUAAUGUGGGCCAACGUCAAAGUGAAAAGCCCUUCGAAGCUUAGAUGGAUGACGUACGUUACAUCGGUCAUUGUCACAGCGCUUCUUGUUUUCGUUGAUCUGUCGCUUAAUUAUUACCACUACCAUAUAAAUCAAUGGAUAUUGGCAUCUAUGUAUGACUCAUAUGUUAUACUCAUGAUAUAUAUAUUUUUUCCAAUUCCUUAUAUCUUUCCACCGAUGGCGCUGGCAGUUUAUGUGUCAAUUCUAUACAUUUGCUACUUUGUAAUAUUUCAAAAUUAUGACAAUCAAUUUCGCACAGGUAACAUAACACGCUAUAGCGAAACUAUCGUUGUUCUAUGCAAUUACAUUGGCUUAAAUGUGAUCGGUACCGGAUUUCGAGUAAUGCGUGAGAUUGUUGUCCGCGCCUCGUUCCUUGAUCGACAUCAGUAUGUAAUGGAAGCUAAUGCGCUAAGGAGCACUCGUGCAAGGGAGAGGGUGUUCUUGCAUAGCAUAUUACCGCCGCAAAUAGCUCAGCCGAUUCAAGAUGAAAUUCGAGCUCGGAUUGAGUUCUCUCAGAAACACCACAACAUGCUUGUUAAUAAUAGAAGAGAUCGGGUAAUUGCCAUUCAAAUGCAUCCCGACGUCAGUAUUCUGUAUGCGGAUAUAGUUAACUACACCCACUUGACGACAACCUUAUCCGUUAAGGAGCUGGUCACUUUGCUGCACGAGCUGUAUGCCAGAUUCGAUAACGCUGCCUCUCGGUACGCUGUGCAACGAAUCAAAUUCUUAGGCGACUGCUACUACUGUGUGGCGGGGCUGAUAAAGCCAGAUCCCGCUCAUGCCAUAUGCUGCGUUAAACUAGGACUCUGUAUGAUCGAUAUUAUUCGGGAAGUGCGAGACGAGGUCCAAAUUGGCAUAGACAUACGUGUUGGUGUGCACUCGGGAAGUUUGUUUGCAGGAGUUCUUGGGUCAGCGAAACUGCAAUAUGACAUUUGGGGUCCAGAUGUCUUAAUUGCGAACAAAUUGGAGGGAACCGGAAUGCCUGGUCAAGUUCAUGUUAGCGAAAGAACUUUUGAAUUGAUUAAAAAUUGGUUUGAAGCACGUCCUGGAACCGAGGCCGCGCGUAAAGAUGCCUAUUUUCAAAAGUUCAACAUAUUCACAUUUCUCAUAGAUCCUAUUGAAAACAACAAAAAUAUUGAAUUGGAUCUUCAAGAAUCUUUUGAAUCAUUUUCAGCGAAAGAGCGAAAUGAAGGCACUCCUGAACUAUUGAUAAAUGAAGAAUUGAAAAAAAUGCCGCUUGGUCCCAAAGGGUUUAAUGAGCCCCUAACGAGACUGUUUAAUUUUUUUAAUUUGACGAAGCAGAAGGAGUCGCCAAGCUCCUCCCGUCCAGAAAUUGGACUUUUUCUCUUACAUUAUCACAAUCCACGGUUGGAAUGUCAGUAUUUACAUCAACCCGAUUACAUGUUGAAGUACAGUGUACUGCAAGCCUGGUGCAGCGCUAUGACCCUCAUAUACCUGCAACUUACUUAUGACCAUGAAUUGGUUAAAGGGUCUUAUUAUUUAGAUGCCUUUUUGAUAUUAGCCUUUUCGCUAUUAUUGAUUUUAACUUGGUACAAGAUGAUCUGCUUCUGGGUGUAUGCCGACCGCCCUCAUAGAUUUUCCGAGCUUAGCUGUGCCCUAUUUCGAAUCGCGGAUAAUUUGCAGCGUAGCCUCAUUAAACGCAUACUUAUCUAUAUUUUCAUCAUAGUGGCGUACUUUGCUAUUAUUUCUAUAAUUCUGAAUGACUGUGACAUGGACGAAUUCCAGAAAGAGCAUAUUGAUAGCAUACUGUACCAAUAUGACGGCGAGAAUACAAUGUGCUUCGCUCCGUGGGCACUCACCUGUAUGGUGUGCUCUAUUAUUACCAAUGGCAUCAUAUUUACGCGUAUUCCAUUCAUUAUGAGAAUUGUAAUCAGUCUUGUGGUGUGCGUUACCUAUUUAAGCAUUAUGCUCUAUCAAUUUGAGUACUUAGUUCAUAUUAGCUUGACAACUAAUCCCUUUUUUAAAUCUGAAAGCGCCCACUGCCUAAUGAUCAUAUCGACCUUUCUGGCGGUAUAUUGUAAAGAACGACAGGCCGAGUUUAAUAACAAAAUGAAUUAUAAAUGGAGAGUAGAGCUGCUGAAAAAACAGGAAGAUGCCCGCUUAGCAGAUCAGUCUAUAACAAUUCUAUUGCAUAACAUAUUGCCAGCCCAUGUUGUAAACGUAUAUCUGACCUAUCUUGCCAAAGACGAGCUUUACUAUGAGGUCUAUGACUGUGUCGCCGUCAUGUUCGCAUCCCUAAAAAACUUUGAGUUAACUUUGUCUAACUUACGUGUUCUCAACGAGAUUAUUUCCGAAUUUGAUCGACUCUUAUCCUUUUAUAGGCACGGUAAUGUUGUCGAAAAGAUCAAAAUUGUGGGCAGUACAUAUAUGGCAGCGUGUGGGUUGGAUGUACGGUUAUCCUCUCUUGUAAGUGAAAAGUGUCAUACGACCGACUCUGUUUUUAAGGAAACAGUCCACGCACGACGCUCGAUGUCAGUCUUUUCAAGUGAUAGUUUUUCCAAUAAAAAGGAUGAAUUGGUAUUCGUGAUAGCUAUCUUUGCAUUGGACCUGAUGCGAACAUUGUGGGUGUGCAACAAUGAUUAUAAGAACGUUCCAAUUGAUCGUGAUGUAUUUACCGCCGAUAUGAGCAUUGGAAUUUCAAGUGGAGAGGUAAUGGCCGGUGUGGUGGGCGCCUCACAAGUGCACUACGAUAUUUGGGGUCAUGCUGUUAAUGUAGCCUCCCGAAUGGACUCUACCGGAGUCGCUGGAAAAAUCCAAGUGACCGAGGAGACGGCCAAUAUACUGCGCAGAUUUGGGCUAGUGUGUAGCUACCGCGGAAUGACAUUUGUCAAGGGGCUCGGCACACUGCCAACCUAUUUUGUAGAAGUUGAUAAUAACUAUGAAUUCAUGUAUGCCCGAGAUAUCAGUUCGGAAGGUUCUCAGACAGACGUUAUUUAAAACACUAUGAGGAAAUGCUAUAACUCAUCAAAUUUGUUCGAUUUAGGAAGCUGCCUAGUUCUUUCGACACUUUAAUUGGCUUUAAUUUACCAAUAAAUAGAUUUCCGUUGUAUUAUGUAAGAGAAAGUCAUUCACGGGAAAGAAUCGAAAAAUC